CGCGAGGAGCCAGCGGUGCACUCUGGGAAGCUUUCAAACACAACAGAAACAGCAGACGAGAAAGCAAAGCACUACACAAAACCAGCUUCAGCGAGGAAGAAAAAAAAAAAAAAAAAAGGAAAAGGGUCUCGUCCUCUUUGGCGUCAAACGUCAGGGUACCAUCAACCCAUUUUCUUCAUUUAUGGAUUACCGCGGAUAACCGAGCCGUUUCGAUCAGUCCCGGAGUACGUUAGGAUGUCGGCGAAGGCGACGAGACGCCGCGAAGACUCCAACAACAGCAUCACCACGGCCAAGCAAUGGAUUUUUCUCGGCCAGCAGACGAGCUCGGCCGGCUCUACCCCGUCCCCCACUAGCCCCACGCCCCCGCAGCAGCAGCAGCAGUCGUCCUCCCCGCCCCCGUACUCGGCGUCCCCGCCCCCCGCCUACCUGCAGUGCCCCAGCCCGCCCCCGCUGCCCUCCCGCCCGUCCCCCCAGGGGGCGGAGCCCCUGCGCCUGGGGCCGGGCCAGACCCGGGACCCCAACUGGCAGGCGACCAAAGGCAGCGUGCGGGAGCGCAACGCGGCCAUGUUGCGCAACGAGCUCAUGAGCGACGUGCGCUUCCUGGUGGGGCCUAAGGGGGCCGCCCAGAGCGUGCCCGCUCACAAGUAUGUGCUGGCCACAAGCAGCUCCGUCUUCUACGCCAUGUUCUACGGGGGACUCGCCGCACCCCCGGGCCAGGACAUCGAGAUCCCGGACGUGGAGCCGGCGGCCUUCCUCGUCCUCUUACGGUACCUGUACUGCGACGACAUUGCCCUGGAGGCUGACACGGUGCUGGCCACCCUGUAUGCGGCCAAGAAGUACCUGGUACCGCACCUGGCCCGCGCCUGCGUGGCCUACCUGGAGACGAGCCUGACCGCCCGCAACGCCUGCGUGCUGCUCUCCCAGAGCCGCUUGUUCGAGGAGCCCGCUCUGGCGCGCCGCUGCUGGGAGAUCAUCGACGCCCAGGCCGAGCUGGCCCUCUCCUCCGACGGCUUCCCCGAUGUCGACCGCCCCACCCUCGAGGCUGUGCUCUCCCGCGAGUCCCUCAACGCCCGUGAGUCGGCAGUCUUCCGGGCUGCCCUCGCCUGGGCCGCCGCCGAGUGCACCCGGCGCGGCCUCGACCCCUCGCCCGAGAACCGCCGCGAGUGCCUCGGCCCCGCGCUGCACUUGCUCCGCCUGCCUGCCAUGUCCCUGCAGGAGUUCGCCGAUGGGGCUGCGCAGUCCGGCGUGCUCACGCUCCGCGAGACGGCCGACCUCUUCCUCCACUUUGCGGCGAGCCGCAAGCCCGCGGUGCCGUUCCCCUCGCAGCCGCGUGCGGGACUGCCUGCCCGCUCCUGCCGCCGCUUCCAGUCGUGCGCCUACCGCAGCAACCAGUGGCGCUACCGGGGACGCUGCGACAGCGUCCAGUUCUGCGCCGACCGCCGCGUGUUCCUCGCGGGCUUCGGUCUCUACGGCUCGAGCAGCGGGGCCUGCGAGUACCGCAGCCGCAUCGAGCUCAAGAGGGGCGGAAAGGCGCUCGCGCACUGCGACACCCGUUUCCACUCGGAUGGGUCCAGCUCCACCUUCCGGGUGUACUUCGAGCACCCCGUGCAGAUCGAGGCGGACACCUACUACACCGCCUCGGCCGUGCUCGAGGGCUCCGAGCUCAGCUACUUCGGGCAGGAGGGCAUGAGCGAAGUGACCGUCGGCUGCGUCACCUUCCAGUUCCAGAGCUCGUCGGACAGCACCAACGGCACGGGCGUGCAGGGGGGCCAGAUACCCGAACUCGUCUUCUACGGAUCGGCCGAGUCUGCCGAGCCGGCCUAGUCCGCGUGGGCGGCCCCCGAGGUUGCGCGAAGGGUGGUGGACUUUCUCUCGGGGGUGGCGCGCGCCUGGCUCUGGGCAGUCGCGAGGUCGCGGCGCUCCUCCCCUUCUCCCCCCGCCGUGGGGGAGAGGUCGUGAGGAUGCCCUCCGAGCCUACGACCGGACUUUUCUCUCCUCCCGGCAGUGAAGUGCUCGUCGCCCGACGGUCUGGUGUUUCUGGUUGGCGAACGAGUCUGCGUCGCUUCCGCCGUCGACGCAAAUGAACUGGUGCGUGCUUUCAAAGUAUGGUUGCCGGCUCCAGGCUUUUUGACUCUUCUUAAGGUAUGGUUCAACCUUGCAUUUUUCGGUUAGAACUCGGGAUCGCGCGUGUUACCCGCGACGGUGACUUGGCUCUUUCUGAGAAACGGUUUCUUUUUCCUUCAGCUCCUUCCUAUGCAAAUGCGGCCUAGAUUUUCGCUGCCGCUACGUAAUAAACGGAAAGACACGACUCAAAAUGUAAACUGUGCGUCUGUCAUGAACGUUUGAGAGAUUUUUGACUCUGCACCGUACGUUGCAGUCAUUUCGUUACCAAUAUUCGAGAGAAGUGAGAAACAAUGUUAGGAUCGUUAAUUAUUUCUGCAAACAAUCUUUCUAAAGGCGGACCAUGUUAAAAACAAUAUUAGAAAGGUGACACGGUUAACCGAACCGUGUCGUCAAACAUUUAGAGGAAAGAAUGCUCGAGGAAACCGUUCUCGGCACGAUGCGUCGCAUUCAUUCUCUUUCUAAACGACCAUCUACGUCCAUAAGUAAGAAGCAGCUUUCGCCUGCUUUCUUGAUAUCGACGAGCGUCGAGUUCACUGCAAGCUUGGAGAAACGAGUUAACACAGUCCGUAGAAAAAAAAAGGGAGGGGUGCAUUUGCCACGUCUGUUCCGAGGCUGGCCACUUGCCACGAUUGGGUGCCGCCUAGAUUUGCGCAUCAAAUCGCGGACGGUUAUGGCCCUCCCCCGCAAGACCAUUCCCGACAUUUCCGGGUGCAGCUAAUCUCUCACACCGCUGUGUUCAAGUCGCCGGCUGUGCGCAGAACUUCGCAGCUACACGUUUUGGCUACGCCCGUAUGCGCUCCACCGCGAGCGUAAUACGAAGCCGUUGCUCACUCUUUCUAAUCUUCUAACCGGUAGAAGGCGGAGCGCCUUCUGGCGGCGUCACGUAGCUUCCCCCGUCCUUUCUUUUUCAUAUUCGAAGCCUGCUUGCUACGGCCCCCCAUUCAAAGUGGCAAUCACGUGCUUGUCCUUAGCGUAGCACUCUGUCCGCUGUCCCUAGGCUAUAAAAGUAAAGAGAACAACUAAGACGAGAGCCACGGAACAUUACCAGAAUACCGCGGAAGAAAAUGCAGCCGGCCAAUCGGUCGGCAGAGGGAGCAUUGGUGCGUAGCACGCGGCAUCGUCCGUCAAAUUAUUUAUGCUAAUUUAGGUCGGUGCCGGUUUUGCGAGUCAGCAGAGCCGACAAAACAAGGUACACGAUCGCAUAGCUUGAAUCUGUCACGUGCUAAUUUAUCUCGAAAUGGAGAAAACCUUGUUGCUAUUGAGUCGAACACGAUUUGCUCUUAAUGCCAACUUUGCACGUUUAUUGCAGUCUCUGUUUUUAGGGAAAAGCUUGGUCAGCAGUGUACGUAGCACUGCUGGGAAGCCCAGGAUUCUCACUGAUGUUCCGACUUUUUGUUUCCGCCGCCUAGGCAGUAGUGCACUGUGAAUACUCUGUGGCUCUGGUUGAAACACGGCAGGGUGUGCGACAGCUGGAUCGACGGCACGGCAAGACACUUCGCAACUCUGCUAGAGCGGGCAUUUGAGGGCGGCAUAACCAUUUCAUUUAUUUAGAAUAUAUCUCUAAUCUUAACCAAAAACAACCGCAACUGCAUGUCAAGUUCUGCUGCAUUCGGCCAGUGUUGAAAGAAUGAAAUAUGACGGCACAAAGUAACCAGACAAGUCGUAACCGCUCCCACGUGGGUGUCGUAAGAUGGCCGCCCUAGAUUCUGCGAAACUUGCCGUCCCUUUGACCCGACGCUGCGCGUCUGCUCGACGUGCUGAAGCGGUGGAUGUCCCCGCGGUCCCAUUUACCUAUGCACCGACGAUUUGACGAUGUGGCUAUAAUAGGCGAGGACUGAAGCCGAUUCCGAGACAAUGCAAUAAAGCUUGUACAGAAUGUCUACGA